CUAUCUCAGUAGUAUCGAAUUCGGUGCGACAAUAUUAUGUAAAAAUAAAUUACUUUAUACUUUUAAACUAUUUAAAUGUAUAGUAAGUAAUACCUAGGUUAUAGACCAAUCUUAACAUUUUUUUUUACCGUUUAAUAAUUCUAGGCGAGUAGAAUCUAUACAUAGUAUAAAUUCUAUCUAAAAUUAUAAAUAUCUAAACCUAAAUCAUUUGAUUCUAAAAAAAUAAAAUAAUUAUUCAAAAAUGUCAAGAAUAAUAAGAGUAGUGAAGGAAACUUUUAGAAAAUAUCCAAUGAUAGCUAAUUCAACAGUCUAUGGUACAAUGUGUGUCGGAGCGGAAUUUUCACAGCAAAUAUUGACUAAACGUAUAUUGAAUAAAACUGAACCACAAGAACCGAUUGACUUAGAUGUAUUAGGACGAUAUGCCAUAGUGGGCACUACAAUUUGUCCAAACAUUUUAUACAUUUGGUAUAAAUGGUUGGACAAAGCAUUUGUGGGUACUGCACCAAAAAUUAUUGUUAAAAAAUUAUUAAUCGAUCAAUUUAUCAUGACCCCACCAUUUUACGUAGUUUUCUUCGUUACUAUGAGUCUUCUUGAGGGUAAAAAAGAUCUUUUUGAAGAAUGCAGACAGAAGUUCAUUCCUACAUUCAAAACUAGUUGUGUGUUUUGGUUGCCAGCACAAGCUAUUAAUUUCAUGUUGGUGCCGCCAGCUGCUCGUGUAAUUUAUGUUGGAAUGUGUUCAUUUAUAUGGAUAAAUAUGUUGUGCUGGAUCAAAAGAAAUGAUUACAAUGCCAUUAAACAAGAAUAGUUAAUUAAAAUGCACAAACGUGGUAUCAAAUAUUAAUCGCUUUCAGUACCUACAUUAUAUGUUCAUAUUAUUAGUCCUUUAUCUGUUAUAAUUUAAGACUGUUUUUAUUGAUA